AUCUACUACCUUGCAUGACUUGUCAGAAGAUGAGCUUGAACAUGCAACCCCUGUCAUGGUGUUGACCCCUUCUAAUAGGGAGUCUGGUAAGAAACAAGUAAAACGAAGGUUUAGGCGGAAAAGAGAGACUGGAGACAAUGGUGAGCAUACGGAAAAGCAAGGAAAAGGGAAAGACUGUAAAUUGCAUCCUGAGCCUGCGAGGUCCAGUUGGAAUGCAUCUGAUUCAUCAUCAUCUUCGGAUGAGAGUCAGUGGGCUCAGGCUAGGAGGAGAGCAAGAGAAAAGGCCAGAAUACCCAGGAGAGGGAAAAGGAACACUAGAUCAUGCAUUAACCAGGAUGGGUCCUCAAGCAAUAAUGCUGUUGAACUUGUCACUUUGGGGACAAUGGGGAAAAACAAGCAAGAGAUAUCUGACCCUGAGAAUCCUACUUUAAAUCACCGCCGAAGAAGGGUUCCAAGGCUAAAGGAAUCACAGUCUUCAGUGUCAUCUCAGGAAGCAAGGAUUUCCUCAAGAAAAUGUGGGAAAAGCAAAGGAAAAAGCUACUACAGAGAUCAGCACCCUGCAUCUUUCCUUAGACACAGUAAAGAUUCAAAGGACUGCUUUGCAGAGGCAGGCUCUGGGAGUGAUGCUCUGGCAGUCCCUGAUAACGGAGCACCUGCUGGGACAGGGCCCAGUGUGACUGAUGCUGUUCAGAAGCCUCCAGUGUUGUAUGAUGACUUAUCUGAUGAUUUAGAAGUAUGCAGGAUCUGUCACUGUGAGGGAGAUGAUGAAAGUCCCCUCAUCACACCGUGUCGCUGCACAGGAACCCUGCGCUUUGUUCAUCAGGCCUGUCUGCACCAGUGGAUUAAGAGCUCAGACACACGCUGUUGUGAACUCUGCAAGUACGACUUUAUAAUGGAGACCAAGCUCAAACCUCUUCGGAAGUGGGAGAAACUACAGAUGACAACAAGUGAGAGGAGGAAAAUAGUUUGUUCGGUCACAUUCCACGUAAUUGCAAUUACAUGUGUUGUUUGGUCAUUGUAUGUUUUAAUUGACAGAACUGCUGAGGAAAUUAAACAAGGCAAUGAUAAUGGUGUCCUCGAAUGGCCAUUUUGGACAAAACUCGUUGUGGUGGCCAUUGGAUUCACGGGGGGCCUGGUCUUCAUGUACGUGCAGUGUAAGGUGUAUGUUCAGCUGUGGCGCAGGUUGAAAGCCUACAACAGAGUGAUCUUUGUUCAGAACUGCCCAGACACCACCAAAAAACUGGAGGAGAAGAACUCUUCGUGCAUGCAGACCUCAGACAUCAAGGACGCAGUCAUGGUGCCAGUAGCACAGACAGGUACAAACUCUCAGCUGGAAGCUGAAGAAAUGAUGUCUGAGGUCAUGCCAGUUUGA